AUGAAUUUUGAGGAUAUCGUUGACAUGGACUGGUUGAACUCCAACACAACUAGUGACAAUACACUCUCUCCUGCUUCUAUCCAAGAUGAUCAAAUGGCCUCUUUUCCCACUGCCAAUUACUGCACUGAUAACGCUCUAUACGCCUUUUCCGAUCCUUCUCUCUUUUGGCCCAACGAUCUCUCAACGGCAUCAAACGAUCUAGGCUUCAAAUUCGACUUGCAACAACAACAGCAACAACAAUCAGGUCCCAUGAGCGGCGUCCCUUCUGAUAAGCAAACCACCGUACAGCAGCCAGAAUCCAAACUUCCCGAGUUGGUCAUGCCAAGCACAGAACACAUUAAGCAGCUCAUUGAGAUCGCCAAGCAACAUCUGGCGCUACGUGAACAGCAACAAAAGCUUCAAGUGCAAGGGGAGCCCACUAGUUUCACACCUGGUGCCCUUCCUAUCCCUGCCCUGUUUGCCACGAGUGCCACCACUCCUUCUACAACAAGUCUUUCAUCCGCCAUGCCAAACACAGUGUCUCCAGAAUCUCUCAUGAAGGGCGUUACAGGGGAUAUGGAUGAAAACAUGCACAAUGGCAACAACAACAACAUGGGUGAUAACAAGAAAUCAUCAUCAUCCGUUGCUUCUUCUUCUUCUUCCAUCAGUGGAACACCACGUGCUGCAUCUGUUAUUCCUGAAGAGACGAUGACAUUGGAAGCCUAUGCUGAAUCCGAUGGUAUUGAUAUCAAGAAGCUCACUCCCAAGGAACGUCGACAGCUGCGCAACAAGAUCUCGGCACGGAAUUUCCGUGUCCGAAGAAAGGAAUACAUCAAUACAUUGGAAGCUCAAGUGGAUGACCAUAAGAAACGUGCCGACCAGUUGCAAUCACGAUUGGAUGAUGUGGAAAACGAGAACAAACAAUUACGACAAGAGGUGGAUACUUUGCGUCGUCAAAACCAACUUUUACAGCAACAACAGCAACAAAAACAAGUGGCGAGCACCUCAUCAUCAUCAUCAUCAUCUUCAUCAUCACCUCGUGUAUCAUCACCUAUUCCCAAGCCCAACCUCAACAAGGACAUUAGCAUGCUUGGCAGCAAAGCCAGUGACACGUAUCGCCAAGACACCCGUAUCUUGGUAUCGAAUGCCGUGAUGCCGGUCUGGGAUUAUCAUCGUAUCCUGCAGCAACCAAACAAAUCCACAGCCCCGACAACCACCACCUUACAGGGCUCACAAGUGAUGCAGUGUGCAACCCAUAUCGUGAAUUCAUUUGUUCAACUUACCACUGCAGCCGCAGCCUUAGUGCCGGAUUCCACAACGACACAAGAUAGCAACAACAGUAGCCAUGGCAACAAGGACGACCAAGACACCACUGCCACUUCACUUUUACCCUUGUUGCCUGAUGAUCGUGAUUUCACUAGCCGAGACGAUAAGCUUUCAUUUGCAACAGCAACUCCUUCUUACGCAUCAUCAUCCUAUAUUGAAUACUUGUACGACACGCUCAUCAUGUCUGCACUGAACAAUAAUGCCGACAAGUCGUUUUGCUGGUGGGAAGAGCACAUUGAUGCUUGA